AUCUUACAUUCCAUUUGUUAUGGUACGGGUGACUUCUGGACUUUGACGAAACGAAUUGCUUUACUGUGAGAAAAUAACGGAAGAGAUUUGAUAAUGAUGGGCUGUGAAAAAUCCAUGGUGCGCUGCAAAUCUCAGCCUCGGCGGCUUCAAAUGAUCAUCCACCACUAUCGACGAUCUGCCGCCAACCCCCUCUCGGACCAUUUGCAGAUAUGAUGCCAAGUGCCUCGGCUUGAACAAUACUGCUCAAGCUAAAGUGGAGCUCUCUACGGAUAUUUCACAUCUCGUUAUGAAGAUGCUGCUCAAGUUCUGGAUUCAAAGUUGUUUGCCUGUUCUUUACUCGAAUGUACGAAGUAGUUCAAAAUGAAGAUAUCUUAUUUGUUGGUCUUCACUCUUACUCAAGUUGUUCUCUCGAAUCCAACACCUACUCAGCCAGAACGACUUGCAGAGAGACAACUUCUUGACCUACCAUCCAAGAUUACAGAUCAAUCUCAGAUCGAAUCUAUUGCAGCUGGCCUAGAAUCUGAUGCUGCCAUUCUUGGGGCUGCUGCUUCGAUCUUGAUCGACGUGUUGGAAGCAAUAGUACCAUCUCCGGUUCCAGCCGCGAUCCCAGAUGCCAUCUCGAGCGUUGCAAGUGUUUAUGCAGCACAUCCGACCGACUUCGUAGUCAAUGCCUUGGACUUUAUCCUUGACGGAUUGGUACCCAGUGAUAUCACAAACCUUGUGACUACAGAAGGCUCCGAGGAAAAUUCCAGCAGCAAUAACAAUCCCCUCUCCCCAAGUCCAGCUGUCUACCCUCAGAAAAGUGCAGGAGACGCUCCAUACUCGUUGGAUGAGAAUAGCUUGAGAUCUGCGAUAUACAUACCAAGCAAUUUUACUUAUGGCGAGAUACCGGCUGUACUGCUUGUUUCAGGAACGGGAGCUCUCGCAGGAGGUAACUUUGGGCCAAACUUUGGCAAAGAGUUCCAAGGUUCAGACUAUGCAGACCCAGUGUACAUCAACAUUCCAGGCAAGCAGUUGGCCGAUCUUCAAAUUGAAGCUGAAUAUGUGGCGUACGCGGUCAACUACAUAUCAGCCAUCUCAGACAACAAGAACGUAUCUGUACUUUCUUGGUCAGCAGGUUCCUCGAUCUCACAAUGGGCUGUGACUUACUGGCCUUCCACAAGGUCUGUCAUAUCAGAUUUCAUACCCAUCAGUGGUGAUCUGCACGGGACUGAGACUGCCUACUUUUUGUGCCCAGGAUUCCCUAGACUGCCAUGUGCUCCCGCUAUUCUUCAGCAAGAAUACAACUCCACCUUCGUCGCAACCCUAAGAAACGCUGGCGGAAGCUCCGCAUAUGUACCUACCACAAGUGUAUAUAGCAUCUUCGACGAAAUCAUACAGCCUCAGGAGAACACCGGUGCUUCGGCUUAUGUGUUCGACGAAAGAAAAGUUGGCGUCUCGAACACUGAAUUGCAAAAUGCAUGUACUGUUGCUCAACCUGGCGGGACCUUGUAUACGCAUGAGGGUGUUUUGUACAACGCGCUGGCGUUUGCACUUGCAAAAGACGCUUUGAUCCACGACGGUCCUGGGGAUCUCAGCAGAGUUGAUGUUGUUGCUGAAUGUCAGAAAAUCGUCAUUAGCGGGCUGAGCCUGACAGAUGUCUUGGCCACAGAGGCCAUUGUGGUAGAGCUGGUAUUUGGAGCAUUGACAUAUCCCGAUAAAGUCCUCAGUGAGCCUGCCAUUGCAAGUUAUGCGCAGACAGACGUGCCUGCAUGAUAGAAGAGGAUCUGGAUUUUGGGUAUCUGGCGCUAUAGUGUAUAAAUGGAAGACUUUUCUGUUCAUUUCCUCGAACGCCUACCAAAAUGCCUCGGACCUAUCGUAACAAUGCGAAAGAUGGUCUCACAAGCAAGCAGAUCAUCCCACAAGAAAUAUAUGAAACCACGUGCAAUUCAGAGUCCACUACCUCUCAGCAUCUCGAGAGCUUGCUUGAAAGCACCAACAACUUGAACAU